CAAUCCCGAGUAGCGCUACCUCUCUCAAUCGCCAUAUUGGGUACUGAGGUCGGUCCGCACUUGCUCUCGCUUGCGGGACGAGUUCGACGCGAGCGUCUUCGGUUCCCGGGCUUCUUAGGCUUCGGAAGAGCAGUGGCGACCGCCCCCCUUCGAGCCCCUACCCACGCACGCGCAGUUUACUCAUGGCUUAAGUCCUUUUACGCUCGCUUUGGAUCCCGUGCAGCGUCGAGGAGACACCCGCUGUUCACCGAGCGCUGGCUCGCAUUGGUGUGGUUCAGUUUUUUCUCGUGAAAACUGGACGUCCUCGCCUGUUUGCAAGAAAACCAAAUUCCGCAUUUCUUUUUUUUUUUGGUGGAGGGGGGCCGGGCAGGUGGGGGGGGGAAAUGUCAGAUGUUCGACUAUCCAACGGGAGCCCGACUCUGGAGCGGACGGACUCCCGGGUGUCGGAUCACCCGAAGCCGUCGGCUUGCAGGAUCCUCUUCGGCCGGGCGGAUCACGUAGGGUUAAAGAGGGAAUUAACGGGACAUUUCCGGGAGAUGGAAGAGGUCGCUUCCGCCAAGUGGGGCUUCGAUUUCGCCAAUCACAGGCCGCUGGUCCACGGGAGGAUCAAGUGGGAGCUGGUGGACUGCAGAGACGUCCCGGAUUUCUACAACAAGCCGCCGCGGAGGGAGAAGAAGGGCGUCUGCUCCGCCGGGAAUAACAAGGUGGAUCUAAACGGGAAUCAUAGUUGCGUGGUGCUGGCUUCGAGCGAGGACACCGAGCGGUCCGAUGGACACAUGGAAUGCACGGAACAGUGCACCGGAAUGAGGAAAAGACCGGCGUGUCACGAGCCGAAGUAUUUCCCCGUUUCAAGUUUGAAACCUCAGUUUUGGUGGAUUUUGGAGAAGGAACUACGCAGCAUCAGAAACAUAUCAACCCUCCUGAAGACGGGGGAGGAUGCUGUUGAAGCACUGAAAAGAAACACUAGACAAGUUGUGGCACUCAAUUAAAAAGUUACUGCCUCCAGAAGCAGUCAAUGUAGCAGUGUGCAAUUAGAUUUAAUUUCCUUUUUGUUCUUUUUUUUCCUACAUGUGUGUAAAUAAAUAUGCAUGUUAUAUUUCUUUCCAUAUGUAGCACAUAAGGGAAAACAUUAUUUGAACACUAAUCCUUUAUGUAAAAAGGUGUGAGCUUUGAUAUGACUUGAAGAAUUUGCAGUGUAGUUUGAUGCAUGCUUCCAAAAUGCUUCGAAGUCACCAAUGGAAUAUGAUCAACUUCCUUCUCGAGAUCUCUCGCACACCUCUGUCACUUUGCGGUGCCGUUUGAUUUGGAGUUGUGAGGUACUCAGAUAUUGAAGGACAAAUACCGUACAGACUGCACAGGUUGUGUUAUUAAGUCAUCCUCUCUGUGACGUUAUUCUUUUCUCUCCUGAAAGUUUUUUGUGGAAAGGGUUCAAAUGUACUACAAUACCAAAUCCAUGGCUGCCUCAAUUGACUUUGACUUUUUGACAGCUGCAAGAGGAGGCAGCUGGUGAUUUUCUUUGAUAUACUGGACAUCUCGGCGUACAACGCCUUUUGUCAUCUGGAUGGCAUUGAACCCAGAGUGGAACAGAGGGAAGCUCCAAAGGACACGCCUCUUUCUCGAGGAACUUGGAAGGAGGAUUCAGGAGGACAAUGCUGGUGCCCCAUCCACCCAACCUACAGAACCAUGAACAACUUUGUGUCAUUUGUAAAUUUGUUGAAUUUUGUCCACUCAUAUCUUGAUUUAUAAUUGUGUUAUACAUGUGUUAUAACAAAGUUAAAGGGCAAAUAUUAACCAUAUUUGCUGUCUAUAUUGCUUCUAAUUGGGAUGAAGAAAACCUCUGUUGAGUAUUUUAACAUAAAAUUGAUUGUGUUUAAUUAAAACCCCCAAAAUACAGAGGGUCCAACAGACCCACAACACCUGCUGAGUAACAAAAAAAUGACUACCAUACAAGAGUUAAUUCAAAAGACCAGCUUACACCUGGAGAGACAACUUCUCAGAAAUGCAGUCACCAUGCCCGGGUAUUUUUGUAAAAACUUUGCAAUGUACCUAUGUACAUCAUUUUUUUAAAACACUGAGAAAUUAUACUAACUUAUUUAUGUCAAUUUUUUUUAUGUAGAAUUAAAAAAAUGGGUUUUUGAUUUCAGUUAUCCAAAGUAUUUUACAUGUACUUUAUUAUAAUUGUGUAAUUUUGCAAAAGAAUAUUUUUGGUGGGUUUUUUUCCCCUUUUCAAUGUGGUUGCAAACUGACCCUGGUAAAAUAUUUGAUGUGCAUUUUAUAAUGUGUGGUUAUAAAAUGUGUUGCAAUCAAUUAAAAAGAGGGGGCGUGGUGUGUGUAUAUUAGCGUGUGUCUGUUCACCUGUGGGGCUCGGCGGAUUGUUUGGAGCAUGGCUGCAGGGUGAGCAUGGGACAAAAACUAUCUUUUGACCGUCAUCGUCACCGGCUCUGGGGUAAUUAUUGUCAUAACAAAGUUUCAUGCACUGUUGAUCCUCUGAAAGACAUCUAUCGAGGAAGUGAUUGGCGUGCUUCUGCUGGUGAGCCAGGAGUAAUAAACAUGACCAUAAAAUA